CCGCCCGCCCGCCGCCGCAGCGACCGACCGACCGACCCCGUCCCGAAUCCACCCCGAGACUUACGAGAGAGAGUUGAGUUGAGGACUGGCGCGCGCUGCAAGAUUCACCCACCCGUAGCUCCGUUCUCCUCCCUCCCUCCCUCCCUCCCUCCCCCGUCCCGUGUCCGUUGUUUACACACCCAGGCCCCGUCCAACAACCAAGUCAUAUAUACUGCCCAUCAUGUCGGCGUCGAGUAGGGGAGCUGCUCUCCUUAGGAGCCAACAACGCUCCAUCUGCCUACAAUGCCGCACCCAAGCCCGAGUACUUGCGCCCGCCGCCGUCUUCAGCAACCUCGCCGUCGCCGCUCCUAGACGCUACUAUUCCGCCGAGGCCUCUGCCACGACAACACCACCCCCUCCUCCCCCCGUCAACCCCCCCGUCACCACAUCAACAGGCACCCACGCCGCCACCUCGACCUCGUCGCAAAUCUACCGCAUCAAGUCCGGCGUGAUCCUGACGCGCCCCCCGCUCCUGACGCGCGACCUGACCCCCUUUGAAGAAUCCUUCUACUUCUACCAGAAGCGGCUCAACGAGCGGCUGACGGCGCCCUUCCGCAAGGACUUCUACUUCAAGAAGGACACGGCCUCGGACCUGGACUGGCGCAUCAAGCUGAAGGAGCGCCACGGCGUGCCCGCCAAGGACAUUGGUCGGUAUAACCCGCGCGGCCGGAUGGCGUGGAACGACGAGGUGCUGGUGGGCUCGCAUACGUCCAGCAGGGAACAGAUGGUGGAGAAGUUGAUUGCUGAUGCGGAGAUGAGAGUGUCGGAAGAUGGUGAGGAGAUCCCCGCUGAGGAUCGGGUUCCCGUCGAGAAGCCGAUGCCGAGACGGACGGAGGCGGAUGAGAAGGGGGAUGUGAAGCGGUUGGAUCGGGCGCUGGAUAAGACGCUUUAUCUUGUGGUGAAGAAGAAGGUGGAGAACGUCGAGGGCGGCGCUGAGAAGAAGGCGCAAUGGAUGUUUCCCACGGGCGUGGUUCCUACAGACGAAGGUCUGCACGAGACCGCAGCCCGCAUCCUAGCCGAGUCCGCAGGCGUCAACAUGAACACGUGGAUCGUCGGCCGCGUGCCCGUCGCGCACCACGUCGUCCGCCCCGUCUUCGGCCAGAAGGACGGCGCCCUGCUCAAGAAGGGCGAGAAGAUCUUCUUCCUCAAGGGCCGCAUCAUGGCCGGCCAGGCCGACCUGACCGACAACCUGCAUGACCUGGUCGACUUCAAGUGGCUCACCCAGGAGGAGCUGCGCAGCACGUUGGCGGAGGAGUAUUUCCAGAGUGUUAAGGGCAUGUUUGCUGAGAGGUGAACAAUAAACGACCUGGAUCAAGCUCUGAAGUGAGAAAGGCCGGAAGGCUGGGGGAGAUGAGUGGAAGAGAGACGGGAAGAAGCAUGUGUACAAAUGUAUUGAUAUCAAAAGAUGGGUUUGGUUGUUCGGUGGUAAGGUACAAGUGUUGUUUAUGCGCUGAGUGGAUCUGGACCCCUUCCUAGCCGAACACGAUCAAAAGUCUCGAGAGAAUGAGAGAUGGUUUGGAGUUGAGCUGACAGGUCUUGUAAGCCCUCGCGCCUCAGCAUACUUGACAAGGCCAGGCCAAGCUCGCAUGCCACGUCUAAAGAAGUAGGCAAUGGCUGGCAUAAAACACAGGGACGAGAGGGGAUGAGGACUGAAUGAGCUCUCUCGUUCCUUGUUGUUUUGUAAUAUAGAAACAUAUGCUAUGUAUAGAGAUUUGGGUUGAACAUGAUCAUGUC